GGAGACCAAUGCUGUAUUCCAGUAAUAGUUCAUCUGAUUUGUCAUCUACAUGCUCGAUAUCUAGAAACUGGAUCAAGUGAUGCUUGAGAACUAGAAUCCUAAUGCGACUGGAUUCCUGUUCUGGAUGUCCUCACCUUCCUGGCUUGUUACAUCAAGGGAGAAGGAAGUUGUGCAGACAUCAAGGAGAUGCUUGAGAUCUGGACCAGCAAGGUCAAGCUAAGGGUGGAUGCUAAUGGUACCAUCAUCCACUCACCCUUUGUGUAUGCCAUUGGAGAAGGGUGUUCCACUAACAGCAGCUGCUUGAUUGCAGAGAUAGGUCCUGUUUCUCGGAGGACACUAGUACAAGAUUGAAUUCAAGAGGGCAACUAUUCAUGGAAAUGUUGAUGGAUUGUCCCAUUACCGCUUGGAAAGGGAAAUACCUGAAAAAUUUACAAAAGAGGACACUGUUCUUCAUGUAUUCCCCCUACUGCGAAUCCAAUGUCUCCCUGUGAUGGUCGAGAUGAUUCAGAGGGAAACCAGAAAAGACCUCACCCUGUCUCAGAUUUUCAUGGCAACUCAAAGUGGCUGGAAUGGGCAGCAAGGAUCACAGUUCCUCCACUUUUUUCCAGAGCUGGGAUGAGCUUGCCAUUGACAGGGGUGGCCUUACGUGGAUAAAGAGUUUGUUAUACCAUCCAAGCCAACAGCUAAAAUGUUGAAGGAGCUAUAUGCCGGACAUCUAGGCAUGGUAAGAGGGGUUGGCCUUAUCAGAGGGGAUGACAAGACAGCCUACAGGGAUGAGGUUCAGCACCUGGCCGUGUGGUGUGCCAACAAUAACCUGGUCCUUAACACCCAGAAGACCAAGGAGAUCAUUGUGGACUUCAGGCAUGUUAGGAGCCACACUCACAUUCCCAUCUACAUCAACAGAGAUGUAGUGGAGCGUGUAUCAAGCUUCAGAUUCCUUGGUGUCCACAUUUCCAAGGAUCUCACCUGGUCCCUGAACUCCUCCAACCUGAUCAAUAAGGCACAACAGCACCUUUAUUUCCUGCUGAGCAUCAAGAAAGCUGACCUUUGUCCCAAGAUAUUGAUGGACUUUUACCGCUGUACCAUUGAGAGCAUACUCAUCAACUGCAUCUCAGUGUGGUAUGGCAAUUGUCCCGUAUCGGACUGCAAAGCACUCCAGCAGGUGGUGAAGACUGCCCAGCGGAUUAACGGCACCCAAUUGCCCACCAUUGAGAACAUCUACCAUAAACGCUGCCUGGGUAGGGCAAAAAGCAUUCUCAAGGAUGUAUCUCACCCUAACCAUGGACUUUUUACUCUCCUCCCAUUCGAUAGGCACUACAGGAGCCUCUGCUCUCGCACCAGCAGGCAUGGGAGGAGCUUCUUCCCUGAGGCUGUGACCUUGCUGAAUCUCACAUCACAGCGCUAAGCAGUAUUGCACCCAUAUCGUACUGUCUCAGUACUUUUAUAUUUGUGUGCUGUAGCACUUACUUUUUAUUCACAGUUAUUUUGUAAAUAAUACUAUU